AUGCCGCUUGCAGUGACAGCGUCCAGGUCGCGCUUGGCAGCUACCAAGGCUCGCCAACCCACCGCAUCAUCCUCCGCCUCCUCUACUACCACUUCCGCACCUGGCCGAUCCAAGUCAGCAACAGCGCCUCAAUCAGCUCCUAUUCCACCUCCGCCAUCGGUGCUAGAGUUGCCAUCCCCGCUUCCUACGCUCUCAGAGCUUCAAGCAACCCACGACAUUCAACCCAGCCCACACCUUGUUGCUCGCCGACUUAACUCGCUCGCCCGCUCCUUCCUUGCAUUGCAUGCCGAAACAGCGUCGCCUGACCCUCUCAACUGGGAGCUCGAUCUGUGCUCUGCUACCUUGUUCUCUGUGUACGCCGUGUGCCUAGACUCGUCCUCAGCCAUUGCGCGUGCCACUUUGGCUAGAUGCGCUCGUCUCGGAGGCUUCAACAUUGUGCUCCCGUUCAGUCCCUCGGCUAGUGCAGCGUCAGCGACCGUUUCUGCUUCCAAGCUCAGCUCUCAGGACCCUCAUGAUGCCGCCGGUGCUCACGCAUGCAUCCACAUUCUUCAGCAAGGAUCGUCAGCUACUUUCCACGACGCAGCCAGUGCCCGAGAGUAUCGUGAUGCGUGUCACACGCUCGGCAGAUCGUCCGACGCUCUUCAGGUCUCUGAUCUGCUUCGAGACAAGGCACUUGGCAAGAGAAAGGCCAUGGAACCAGCUCAUCAAGAUGCCUCUUUGUCUCAACCUGUUUCGUCAAAGCACCGUUACCAAUCCCAACUACAAACCGACCAGGCGUACAAUGCAGCCAGUCGCGCACGCAUCCAGCAAGCACAAACCCUAUUCAGCCAAGCAAUCCAGCUUGAUCCUUUCAACUGGCGCGCAUGGGCAGGCCUUUGCGAUACCGGAUACGGUGCCGCCUCGGCUACCAAGCAUCUCAGCGCUUCUACACUAGAUCGUCUUUACUCGAAUCUGGUCGCAAAGGUGCAGGCCCCCUACAUAGCCACCGAAGCUUCGCUCAAGUCCAGCCCGCCAUUCUCGAAUGCACACGUCGAAGCUUCUCCCAUGGUCCGCAAGGUGUCGGAAGACGGCGCCAACAAGAAGCUCAAGGUUUCUUCAGAAGUCCCUGCCGUGCCUCCGAUGCCUCCCUUGCCGGUCUCCGCCGUCCGCAACGGCGUGCCGUCCAAACCAACCGACAAAGUGACUCCACCGCUGCCAACCACGUCAGCCAGCGCCGUGACGGCUACACGCUUGCAUCCAGCAUCGCGUGCUCUCUCGGCCGCCCAGACCAACACACGCCAUCUCGAGCCCGUAUCUGCCGAAAAGGACAAUGUCAAGGCAGUCAAGGUUGUCGACAACGCUACUCGGCCCACUCGCACCACAGGUGUACGCACUGCUACAGUCACUGCUCCUACCACCACAAACGCACGGCAGUUGCGGUCUACCCGCGGCAACACGGGCGUUUCGACAGCGGCGACCACCGUCUCGCGCUCCGCAGCAGCCCCGAUCAGAGCAGGCGCCACAAGUGCAGCCGGCAGCGUCUCUUCCACCUCUUCUGCAUCUUCCACCUCAUCCAUGUCGUCCCGCGCAACCGUCUCUACGGCGCGUACCGCUGUGUCUAGCCGCAGAGUUGCGUCAGGAGCAUCUGCUCAAUCUGCAGCGCGCGCCACAGCCGCCAAGCCCACUUCUGCAUCAACUACUCGCACCACAAGCACAACCAAUGGCGCCAGCGUUCUGCCAAAGAGGGCCAUCACCGCCGCGACGAGUCGUCUGGCUACUUCCGGCAAUCAGAGUCGUCCCGGUAGCGCCAUGUCCAAGGCGAGCUCCACUUCGGCUGGUGGUGCCGGUAUACCAGCGCGCACCAACGGUACCCUCGCUUCCAGCCGUACAGCUGCCGAGGCGAUGCGUCUCAAAGAGGAGCAACAUGCCAGAGCCAAGCUCGAUUCGCUCACCGCGUUGCGAGAGCCGAUCGUGCAGCAGCUCACGUCCAUGGCGCAUCAGCAAGCUGCAGACAGCUAUGUGCUGGCUCUGCUUGCUCAGCUCGGCGAAGCGUAUCGACUCUUGCGACUCUGCGAGGGGGACAAAGCUGCGGCUGUGUUGAUGGGCUGCGUACAAGGUGAGACUGCCGUCGUCGAGGAUGGCAGAACGCAGGUGCUCAGACAGAACGGCCACGGUUCAGCUGCAAGCAAAGCAGCCGCGUCCACCGAGAUAGAUCGCUUGCUCGACCAUCAAAUCAAAGACAGCUUGCUCCACCACCUGCUCUUGGCCCGCAGUUACGCCGAAUGCUCCCAGUACGCCUCUGCCGAACAUCACUUUGGCGCCGUAACCAAACUGAACCCUUUCAUUGCGUCGCACAUGGACGUGUAUUCGCUUGUGCUCUUCCACCUCUCUCGCGAGGUCAAGCUGUCUGCAUUGGCGCAACACCUUGCCAUGGUUGCGCCUAACACGGCGUCUACGCACAUUGUCGUCGGUAACGCGUUUUCAUUGCAGAAAGAGCACCAGACGGCGCUUGUGUGUUUUCAGCGUGCCGCGGCGGCUGCGCCAGACUACGCGUACGCCUACACGCUCGCGGGUCACGAAGCGCAUGAUUUGGGGCUGCACGAUGAAGCGAUUGCCUACUUCCGCAGCGCGAUCCGUUGCGAUCGGCGCCACUGGAACGCGUGGGCUGGGUUGGGUCGUGUCUACCUAGGCCUCGGCGAGCACGAACACGCUGCAUGCAAGAGUCUGCAGCAGGCGAUCCACCUGAACGCUUCCAACCACCUCCUUUGGGAUCUGGUGGGUUGGACGUUUUCAUUGCUCAAUGCACCGGCCAAGGCGCUGGAGUGCUACGAUCGGGCGAUCGAACUGGCACCGCGGGCGUCGGUGUUGACGUAUCUGCGUCGAGCAGAGCUGUUGCUGCAACAUGGAGAUGUGGACUCGAGCCAUCGCGAUCUGGUCUGUGCGCACGACUUGGCGCCCGAGGAAGCAAGCGUGCAUAUCUUGCUCGCUCAGUCGUACAUGCGUCUCGGCGGAGGUAGCUUUUGCCACAUCGAAGGCGCUACGGCCAAAGCCAAGGCGAGUGGCGUCAUGAUCUUGCCCGAAAAGUUCCAAGCCGAAAUCAGCCAUCACCUGAGCGUUGCGGUAGAUCUGGACCCUACGCUCUUGCGUCUCGUCAAGAGCAUCUGUGAAGGCUACAAGUGUUUGCCUGGGAGCAAGCUGGUGCCUAACGAAUUGUCGUUGAUGGACUCGAUCACAAUCGAUGAAAGCCAGCCAAGCGCGUUUGCGCACAUGCAGCGCGAGUCGAGCAGGCUCGCCAACUCGACCGCGCACCACCUCGUGCACGUUGCUCCAGGCGCUCUGCAACCUCCACCGCCAGAUUUUGCCAGCAGCCUCCCCACGCACAACGACGCAAGCAGCUGGCUCCACCGCGCGAAUUCCAGCCUGGAUAUCGUCCUGCACGACACAGAUGUUUCCAUCUGA